CUCUGCACUCUGCUCUCUGCACUCCCCCCCGGUCAACUCUCCCACUCCCACUCCGAGUGAUUUCUCAGAUCAAAAGGCUACUCUCCUCCUCCACCACCUCCCCCUUCACCACCACACGGCCGCUCCAUAUACCUCUAGGCCAUUGCCCGCCUCCAACAUCCGACUUGAUUCACUCGCAGAGUCUCCUCAUCGUAUUCAAUUGCAUCGCAUUCCGCCUGCGAGCUUAGUCUACGUGCAAGACGUCAUCUCAUCAUAGAGGCAUUUGUCUGCUCCUCAUCAGAGUCGAGCUUGCACCUGCAACAAUAUCCAACACCAACACCAACACCAAAAAAAGUCGCUCGUCGAACAUAGAAGGAACAGGUAGAUAAGUCGUGAUUGACUUUGUCCUGGUACCUCCGUACCUCCUCGGCGACUCUCUUCACCACCACCUUCCUUCCUAUCUCUCUCUCACGUCUUUUCCUCUCCGAAACACGGAAGGCUUUCGCAAUCUUCCCCACGGUCAAACCGCAACCCGACGUCGAUCGUCCUUGCCAUACAAUUCUUCUUCCUUACAGAAACGACGACGCGAUAGCUGGAACACGUCGUGUCCGACUCUCCCCACCUAGAGCCUUCAUCCUCGCUCGCCCGCCGUCCCGCCUCGUCUCGAGUUCCGCUCAAAGACUCACACAUAUUGUAAGUCAGCUUGAAUGAAUCUCCCAACACCCCGCUCAAUGUCUACCUAUGAAUCUCACUUGCACCUAAAACGAUUUGUCAUUGUCUUUCACCACCUCCAUCCGCAUUCACCCUUUCCCCCUCCGCUGGGACCCGGCUAAUUCCUGCUCUGGCCUUGUCCCGCAGAGCAUUAAUACUCCUGUUCAGUUCGAGUCUUCAUGCAAAAGACCUCCACUCGUCUGCUCUUCGAAGACACUCCGAUCAGCCUUCUUCCAGCUGAGCAGUUCGACUUUCCACCAUCCACUCCCAUCGUCCGGAUGCCUUAUACUCCUCCGUCCCAGAGAUCCCCAGCUUCCUCUAAUCCGCAGUCCCCUAACCUUAGCCGCCGUUCUUCUUAUCAGCAUAAUCAAUAUGGCGGCUACCAAUCGUCUCCAGCCUCCUCCAGUAGACCGGAACUUCCUCGUUCCACUUCCUAUCUGACACGCCAUCGACGAACUGCAUCGGUCAAGACUCCCACAUUUGAUCUCGUAGAAGAGCCUUCACCACCAGGCACAGCUGAUAAGGAAAGCAAUGACAAACACAGCCUACCUUCAUCAGGCAGCCUACGCCAGUCACCCCCACCAUUGACGGACGACAAACAGAUACCGGUUGGUGCCGUAAUCUCUCCUCCUGACUCGGGACAAAACUCGAGUGAUGAUGAGGAUAGCAAGCGUUCCAGCCGAGACUUGGAAAACCUCGCCGAGCUUCAGAAGGUUAUACGAACCAUAGGUCAACACCGUGAAAGUUCACCAAUUCGGGCAGCAGAGGAAGUAGGAAAGGUCAAUCAACAACUUUCAUUAAUCAUGCCAUCGGAAACAAUUGACCUACCAACACUGCAACGAGUUGAAGAGGCGGCACAAAAUAUGGUACGAAAGAUUUCUCACAAUCGUUCAAACACGGACUCCUCGGUUUUGGCCAAUAUGCAAACCAGCCUCUCUCCCGAAACCCCUUUGACCCUCUCCGACGAGGAAUAUAGUGACGAUGGAGACCGAAACGGAAGUAAACCACCGAUGCUAAGAAAGAAGUCUGGUGAGCUUGUCCGACCAGCACUCCGACCCUCUUCCGCAAGGCGGCGACCCUCCAGUAUGCCUGGAACUCCAACAUAUUCCAAGGCAGUACACUUUGAUUCUCAUCUCGAGCAUGUUAGACACUUCCUCCAAGUGGACCGACCCUUGGCGGUAAGUGCAGGCUCAUCACCAGUAGAAGCAUACGAGAGUGAUGGCGAGUUUCCAUUUGAGGAAUCACAAGGUCGUGGCCCACCAUUCGAGUGGGAAAUUGUCGUCUCCAACUUCCCUGCCGAAACACCCCACCGACUAUCACUACCCGUUCGAGUUGAACGAGUCUUCUUAUCUGCUGAUAACAAGAACUUGGUUGGUAGUGUUGCGGUGGCUAAUCUAGCAUUUAACAAAUACGUUGUCGCACGCUUCACUCUCGAUUACUGGAAGACCACUUCGGAGGUGGUUGCUGAAUACAACAACGAUGUACGCCAGCCCAAACAUAUAGAUGGCUAUGAUCGUUUCAACUUCAACGUCAAAUUGGCCGACCAGGCCAACCUUGAGGCAAAGACGAUGUUCUUCUGCGUCAAAUAUGUCGUCAAUGGUACCGAGUACUGGGAUAACAAUAAUGCCACCAACUUCCAAAUCGACUUUCGAAAGAAGGCCAAGCCCCAAAAUGGCAAGAAGGGUCGAAACGCUGAAGGCCGGUCUUCCUCGAACUCGCUUCCACGAAGUAAUAAAAAGGUUUCGCCGUCCAUUGCCAAAUCCAAGACCAUGCCAGUAACUUUUGAUGACUUUGCUGACGGAUUUGACGCCAAAUACUCCUAUGAUUUGAAACAACCCGUUAGCGACUUUCUGGGGGAAUCUGGCACGUCGAUUCGUCUGAAGGGUGUCAAGUCCGCUGUCAAUCUUGGUUCGGAUAAUCUUACCCGACGUGCUCCUCAGCCUUAUGGGCAGGCCUUUGGAAAUCGGUACGAUUUUGGUGCCUCCUUGUCCGCAGCUAUACAAGCAGCAAACAGUGUUCUGGGUGACCGAAGCGGCAUUCCAAUGAAACCCUCGGCCAAGCAUCAUACCAGACGAAAGUUUGUACCUGCUCCCGACGAGGCAAUGUCACCAUUAUCUACCAAGAGCAACCAGCGUGUAGACAAAGGGACAUCUUCCGCCCCAGCUUCUGCAUUUAUAGCACCAGCGGCAUUACCUUCUGCCAGCGGUGCAGAUUCUCCUCGUCCCGCUGGCACCGAGAAGCCGGUUCUCGCUUCUCAAUCAUACAACGAAUUGUUGGAUAAAUACUGCUUUGUACGUCCCAACAGUCGCCACUGGGGCCGUGGAGGGCAUGAAGUCAGAAGCUAACAUCACCAAUAGUUCGGAUCGGUCAAGAGUUCACCACAGCAUAGAGAUGGCACACUCUCACCAGGACAGCUCGAUGGCGCUAAUGAUGAGGGAUAUGUCCUUGCCACUCCAGACUCUGCCGAUUGUUCUCCAUUGAUGAGGGAAAAGAAAGCUCCUCCACCACGUAUUCAACCAAAUGAUAAGCAACAGUCUUCUCGCUCCACUUCUCCCGCUCCCAUGACGGGAUUUGUCACGGGUAUGUCUUCGAUGUACCCUUACAGCAUGCAUAAUGGUCUCUCAUUCCACGAUGCUCAUACUGCGACAGCAAUCCGCGGAUGAUGAAUUCGGAUCAACGACAUCGCUUUUCACCAAAUUGUUAUCUUACGAAUUAUAUCCUUCAUCAUCGUCGACCUACCCAGACCUGUUCGACUAGCUUGAUGUGCUUCGAACUUGACUGGGGUUGUUUUGAUUACCUCUUGAAUGAGAGUGAUCGAAAAUUUCAACGUCGAUACGAAAUUACAAGAUCCAAAAAGGGCUCAUUUUGCCUGGUCUGGUUUACAGUCAUACGGAACCACUUUCUCAUCCUAUUCUGGUCGUGAGCAUUUUUGCGGGUUGGGUUGGGCAUCAUCAUGAUUGCUCUCUUAUCUUUUCUCCUCGAUUGUACCUUUGAGCGGUUCUCUGUUUCUUGCAUGUCCUUUUUUUUCCCGAGCUUCUGCUUUGGGUGGUUCGUUACGGCAGGAGCAUUGUUUUUUUCUUCUUCGCCAUUAUAGACUGGUUGAUUAAUCAUUUUCGCGUUUGGGGGUUCGUGACGGUAACUUUACGAAUCAAUGAUGGAUCGUCUCGAUGAGGAGUAAAAUUGUUUACUUUCUUCUUCUGUAUUUCUUCCUUUUGGACAAAAAAGUUGUGCUUUUGCUAUGGAUGGAGAUUGAUCUGGGUCCGGGAGGACUGAAUGGAUUGAUUGGUUUGGUUGGUCUGGUAGGGGAGGUCCUAAAACAUUCCUGGGGGAACAAAAAUACGUACAUAUGGAAUAGGAAUGGGAUGUUAGGAUGUUAGGAUGGAUGAAUUGUGAUGGAUGUGAUAGAUGGAGGUUGAUGAAUGCAAUGGGUAUUGGGUGAUUGAUGAUGAUAAUGGG